AGAAGCCCAGUCUCGCUGUGAACUGGAUUCCUGCUGGUUGACCGGCCACUCUUUCCUGGUUCUGGAUGAUGUCAGAACACGACCUGACAGAUGUGGUUCAGAUUGCAGUGGAAGACCUGAGUCCUGACCACCCAGGUACAGAGCUGUGGGACAUUGUUUUGGAGAAUCAUGUAGUGACAGAUGAAGAUGAACCUGCUUUGAAACGUCAGCGACUAGAAAUCAAUUGCCAGGAUCCUUCUAUAAAGUCGUUCCUGUAUUCCAUUAACCAGACAAUAUGCUUACGGCUGGAUAGCAUUGAGGCCAAGCUGCAGGCUCUAGAGGCUACUUGCAAAUCAUUAGAAGAAAAGCUGGAUCUGGUCACAAACAAACAGCACAGUCCCAUCCAAGUUCCCAUGGUGGCGGGCUCCCCUCUCGGUGCGACCCAGACGUGCAACAAAGUGCGAUGCAUCGUCCCCCAGACUACAGUAAUACUCAACAAUGAUCGGCAGAACGCCAUUGUAGCCAAGAUGGAAGACCCCUUGAGCAACAGGGCACCGGAUUCCCUGGAAAAUGUCAUUAGCAACGCUGUUCCUGGGCGUCGGCAGAACACCAUCGUGGUGAAGGUGCCAGGUCAGGAGGACAGCCACAACGAGGAUGGGGAGAGCGGGUCGGAGGCCAGCGAUUCCAUCUCCAACUGUGGACAGUCUGGGAGUCAGAACAUCGGAAAUAAUGUCACCCUGAUCACCCUGAACUCAGAAGAGGAUUACCCCAAUGGCACCUGGCUCGGCGAUGAGAACAAUCCCGAGAUGCGUGUGCGCUGCGCCAUCAUCCCCUCCGACAUGCUGCACAUCAGCACCAACUGCCGCACGGCUGAGAAGAUGGCACUGACGCUGCUGGACUACCUCUUCCACCGCGAGGUGCAGGCCGUCUCCAACCUCUCAGGGCAGGGCAAGCACGGCAAGAAGCAGCUCGACCCGCUGACCAUCUACGGCAUCCGCUGUCACCUUUUCUAUAAAUUUGGAAUCACGGAAUCUGACUGGUAUCGAAUCAAGCAGAGCAUUGACUCCAAGUGUCGGACAGCGUGGCGGCGGAAACAGCGGGGCCAGAGCCUGGCGGUCAAGAGCUUCUCGCGGAGAACGCCGUCCUCGUCCUCCUACAGUGGAUCAGAGACUAUGACGGGCACCCCGCCUCCUGCCACCGAGCUUCAGCAGCCGCAGCCACAGGCCUUGCACUACGCCCUGGCCAACGCCCAGCAGGUGCAGAUCCACCAGAUUGGAGAGGACGGGCAGGUCCAAGUAAUCCCACAGGGACACCUCCAUAUCGCCCAGGUGCCUCAAGGGGAGCAGGUGCAGAUCACACAGGACAGCGAGGGUAAUCUACAGAUACAUCACGUUGGACAGGACGGGCAGGUGCUGCAGGGGGCCCAGCUGAUAGCCGUGGCCUCUUCAGACCCUGCUGCGGCAGGCGUGGAUGGGUCUCCUCUGCAGGGCAGUGAUAUCCAGGUCCAGUAUGUCCAGCUGGCGCCGGUGGGUGACCACACGGCCACGGCACAGACGGCGGAGACCCUGCAGCCCAGCCUGCAGCCCGAAAUGCAGCUUGAACACGGAGCAAUCCAGAUCCAGUGAGGUGACACAGCUGAUCGCCUGGAGGACUGCUCCAGCCUCAGGCCUGGUCGCCAUGCGUCCCAUUCCCACAGCUUUGAGCGGGAGAGGCGCCUGCACUAUCUUGUUAAAGUGUGUCUGGAAGCCGCCUCCCCCAGGGGAAGUCCCCUGAUAUGUUAAACAAUCAUGAUCACAAGCACUGUCCUUUCAGAAGACCCCUCUUUUGAGUCAUCCUGUUGGUGUCUGAGGAACGAGGGGAGCACUGUGCGCAGCACAUUGCAGGCACACGGGAAGUCAGGAACAUAAUAUUUUUCUGUUAAACAGCUUUUUUAAUUUGCUAUGGUGUUUAUAACAAAAACAGAAAAUUGAAAAAAAACAGUGGAGUAGCAGAAGCCUUUUGCUGUGUGCUCUGUUCAGUGUAAUGAAAAUAGGCAUUUGCAAAAGACAGCUAACAAUUUUAAUGGAAAUCUUGCUUAUCUACUUUUCUAGGGGGAUAUGCUCUCGAACACUGUAAUUAUGCAUUUCUAAGGAAAUAAAAUGUAUUUAUGACCACA